AUGAAUAUGCCGCGUAAUGCGCUCUCCACAGAGCUUUACAAGAAGAUGAUUUAUCUGGGUAAGGAGUACCCCUUGGGACUUCCUUAUUUCAGAGAAAAACUGAAACAAGCCUUCAUGAAGCACAAGGACGAAACCGAUCCUGAGAGAAUCCGGGUGUUGAUUAAGCGUGGGGAGUACAUGAUAAAAGAAUUCGAAGCGAUGUACAAAUUGCGGAAGUAUCGUGCGAUGAAGAAGCGAUAUUACGACCCUGAGGCUCAUUAUACCGGUUUAUCCUCCACCGUCCCUUCGGAAAAGCUUUCGAGGUAUCGAAGCCUUGUCCAAAUUGCACACUGGCUUCAUAAUUUGGAGCUUUUUGCGCUUGUCGCCGUCACUUACGUUUCAAACAAGGAAAACUACCCAAUUCAUGAAAAAUGCUUCGUGGCGUUUCUUUCCAUGGCCAUAAGCAAUAUGCUUGUGAUAGUGCUGAUUGAGAGAACCUUGGCAAAUGCUAGCCGUGGGAAUGAUAGAGAUCACAGGAAAACAUCUUACAGACGAAAACUUCAACUGUUUGCCUCGGUGGUGCUUCUCACAGCGUUGCUUCUGGUGUUCUUCUACCGUCACCGUUUCUUGUGUAAACCGUUGGCCUUCAGUUGGUUCUCGCUGACCGAGUACAUUCUGGCCGCGACGAUCAUGAUGUUCCACAUGACGGUGGUUCUAGACUUCCCAGAAGAGAUUUUGAUGGUUGGACGACCAACGACUGCAAAAGUUAUCAGCUCUUCUACGAAAGAACCCAGCUUUUCGCCAAAUCAAGACUUCGGAAUUUCCGAAGACGAAGAUGAUUCCGAGUCGGAUCUGAAAAUUGUUGACAACGAAAAUGCCGACGGCAGGAUUAAGCUCGAAAUCGGGUUGGAACAAGUCGGUGAUGAGGCACCAGAUUCGUACAAAAUCCGGAUUUGGUUCUAUGUGUUCGAGUCAAUUUUGAUCUCAUUUUUUGGAACUCGUGGUGUUAGUCGGUUCCUGUGUUCGCGGGUGCAGUGGUCGAGGAAAUAUUGUGUGGAGGUGCUUGGCACGAUGUCAUCACCAGAGCAAGCUGAGCAAAAAGCCGCGUCAAACGAAAAAGGCGAUGGAAAAGGAAAGCAUAGGGGUGGUCGCGGUGGGCGAGCCCCUCGCCCUGGUCAUCCGCAAAGUGGUCAUCAGAACCAACAACAUCACGCGGUGAAGCCCGUCGAAGAAGAACUCUCGCCAAACGAAUAUUUCAAGAUCCGAUCGGCAGCUGUAUUAGACAUGAAGUCCCGAGGCGAGAAUCCUUAUCCACACAAAUUCAACGUUACCACAUCACUGACGACGUUCAUUCGCGAUUACCAAAACUUGAAACCGGAGGAGAUCAAGGAAAACGAAAGUCUCUCCAUUGCCGGUCGUAUUCACGCCAUUCGAGAGUCGGGGGCUAAACUGAAAUUCUACGACGUCCGAGGAGAAGGCGUGAAAUUACAGGUUAUGGCCAACGCCCGAUUUUACGAAGGUGGAGAAGCUGCAUUUGCCAAAGACACCGCUAAGCUUCGGCGUGGUGACAUAAUCGGGGCCCGUGGGUUCCCGGGGAAAACCAAGAAAGGAGAAUUGUCUAUGAUCCCGCGAACGAUGCAGCUUUUGUCUCCGUGCUUGCACAUGCUUCCACAUCUUCAUUUCGGUGUUCGAGACAAGGAGACGCGAUACAGACAACGUUAUUUGGACUUGAUCAUAAAUGAGCGGACUCGCCAGACGUUUUACACUAGAUCGAAAAUCAUUUCGUACGUGAGGAAGUUUUUCGACGAGCUGGGGUUUCUGGAAGUUGAAACUCCGAUGAUGAACAUGAUCCCCGGUGGGGCGACUGCAAAGCCCUUUGUGACGCAUCAUAACGAACUGCAUAUGGAUCUGUUCAUGAGAAUCGCGCCGGAAUUGUAUUUGAAGAUGGGCGGACAAAUAAUUCACGGAUUGGUCAAAUCAUUGUUCGGGACCAAUGAAAUCACAUAUCAUCCAGAUGGGGAUAAUGCUGAAGGGCGCGUGUGGACGAUCAAUUUUACCCCGCCUUUCAAGCGCCUCAAAAUGAUUCCUGCGUUAGAAGAGGCGCUGGGCGAGAAACUGCCGCCACCUGAUCAACUGGGCACUCCGGAGGGCUUGAAAAUUUUGGACGCCAUCGUUACCAAAAGUAAAAUCAAUUGCCCUCCGCCUCGAACCGCUGCUCGACUUUUAGACAAGUUGGUGGGCGAGUUGAUUGAACCGAACUGCAUCGACCCAACGUACAUUACGGAUCAUCCAGAAAUCAUGAGUCCCUUGUCAAAAUAUCACCGCUCAGUACCUGGACUCACUGAGAGGCUAGAACUGUACAUCGCCGGGAAAGAAGUUGUCAAUGCGUACACAGAGUUGAAUGACCCGUUUGUGCAACGAGAGCGGUUUCAACAACAAGCAAGGGACAAAGCUGCUGGAGACGACGAAGCUCAGAUGGUUGACGAAACCUUCCUAAACGCUCUGGAACAUGGUUUACCCCCGACCGGCGGCUGGGGGAUGGGAGUCGAUCGUUUAGCAAUGUUCCUCACAGAUAGCAAUAACAUCAAGGCAAGCCUUCUCAGCGUUUCCGUGUCGCGUGGGGCGAAUGUUGAGAAUCACGAGCCUUUCUUUUCUCUUUCUUUGGUUGUUCGAGGGCUUCCGACGAGGCCCAUUGAAGUCCCUGUUCUCUGUUUAAUCAGCAGGGAAAUGCUCGUUGCUUCUUCGGACAGAAGCGGCGAGGUGAAAAAAACGAAGAAGAGAAAUGCACCUCUCUUGGGGGUUGGAAAUCCGUGUCGAAUCAUUCCAUUUUUUAUCCCGAGUAAUCUCUUGAUCCUGGAUGAAUUUGUAAUCGAUAUCAUUUGCAUUAUGGAAGAAUCGCGCGAAGGAGUUAGUCCAGAUGACGCUGGGGACAGGCAAAAGAAUGCAUUACCUGGAAUCGGCCUGGCGGAAUUCCGAAUGGAGACGGAGGUACUCCUACCGUUUCAUCACAUCACUCACAGUCCCGGGAAAGGCGUUCGAGCUGAAUUAUCCGAGGCCUUCAAUCUGUGGUUCGAGACGCCUGCCGAGAAAAUGAAUCAAAUCAACAUAAUCGUUGACAUGAUCCACAACGCGAGCUUGCUAAUCGAUGACAUCGAAGACAAUUCAAUUUUGCGUCGAGGAAGACCAGUGGCUCACAGCAUUUUUGGGAUGCCCUUGACAAUGAACGCUGGAACGUUGGUAUUCUGCAUGGCACUGGAGAAGGCAUCCGAGCUCGGUCAUCCAGAUGCCCUGAAACUUGCAUUGCGACAUGUGAUAGAGCUGCAUCGUGGCCAAGGGAUGGAUAUUUAUUUUCGGGACACGUUCAAGUGUCCUACUGAAGAAGAAUACAAGGAACUUGUCAGAAGAAAAUGCGGUGCGUUAUUUGGAUUAGCGGUCGGUCUCAUGCAUCUCUUCAGUCCCAAGAAAAUAGAUCUUUGGGAUUAUUCCAGACUUCUGGAAGUUUUAGGCUUGUAUUUCCAGAUACGAGACGACUACUGCAAUAUGGGUGUUUCUGAUUCCUACGUUCAGGCAAAGACGUAUUGUGAAGAUCUCACCGAAGGAAAAUUCAACUUUCCUGUGAUUCAUGCCAUAAGGAACUUUCCUGAUGACCAACGCGUCAUGAGCAUUUUACGUCAAAGAACAUCCAACGUGGAAGUGAAAAAAUAUUGCGUUGAAGUUCUGCGUGAACUUGGCUCCUUCAGCUACACUUUGAAAGCGUUGGAACAGCUGGACAGUGAUGCUCGAGCCCAGAUUGAAAAACUCGGUGGGAAUCCUCUUCUUAUCCGGUGUCUCGACAAAUUGAAGAAGAUGUGAGAUCCUCUGCCAUUUGGGACCACCGAGCUGAGGUUUCUUUGAUCCCUUUAGUGCGGAUGUUUCGUCAUUACGGUGGCUGUCUUGAGGGCUUUUCAAUCGAACUUUUGUCGAGUCGAUUUUUUGGAUCGUGUUUUUUAAUAUUUUCGUUCUUCGAAAUAUCGCUUUAUUUCAAUGGUUUUUGACACACGGGAUCCUCUGUAUCCUGUUAAUCAGCUUUUGAUCAAUCGUCUGGAUAUCCUCACCGCAUUCACCCUUGAAACAUUCAUCGAAGAACAGACACGACUUCGAAGCAGGAUUCCCGAUUUGGAACAUGUACCCCAGAUUAUCCUGUUGCGAUACUGAAGGGCAAUGUAACACGCUUUUUUACUAUUUUUCGUAUUUUUUUACCUUUUGAACUUGAAGAAAAGCGGCGGUGACCAAAAAUUACUAUGCAGUGAAAAUGUAUGCAUUUCUUGUUUCUUAAAUGGUUGAAAUCGAUGGCAAAAAGUUUCGUAAAGAACUCCUUGAAGCGGGG